AUGGCAGACCCGGAAUCAAUUCGAAUCCUCACCCUCAACUGCUGGGGCCUCAAGUACCUCGCCAAAUACCGCCAUGAGCGGCUCUCAGAGAUAGGUCGGCAGCUUGCCCUCGCCAACCCGCCGCCCGACAUUAUCGGCCUCCAAGAAUGCUGGACGCAACAAGACUACGAAUCAAUUCGCACCCAAAUCGCCCAUAUCCUUCCUUACGGCAAAUUCUACUUUGGCGGCAUCUGGGGAGCUGGUCUUGCCAUUUUCUCGAAAUGGCCAAUCGAGCAGACUUCUAUGCACGCGUAUCCGCUCAACGGCCGCCCAACGGCCUUCUUCCGCGGUGACUGGUUCGUUGGGAAGGGCGUCGCCUGUGCGCGGAUUCGGUAUGGGCAGGGAAAGCAUGAUGUUGCAGAAGUUUUUUGCACGCAUCUACACGCACCCUAUGAGCAGGAGCCGCACGACAGUUACCUCGCUCAUCGCACUGCCCAGGCGUGGGAGAUUGCUAAGCUCAUGCGCGGCGCUGCUGAGCGCGGACACCUGGUUAUCGGACUGGGGGACUUCAAUAUGCUUCCUUCUUCGUUCGCACACAGGCUUAUUUGUGCACACAGCCCCGUCGUCGAUGCAUGGCAGGUGAUAUAUCCUGACUCGUCCGUUGGCGCGGCAAAAGACGCCGUCGAACAAGCGCGCGGGAAGCCAGUCCCAUCCGCUGAAUUCAACCUGCAUCACAACGGGGCGACUUGUGACGGGCCUUACAACACAUGGCGCUGGUCGAAGAAAGAUCAGAAACGUCUCGACAAGGGCCACGAUAUCGCCGUAGAGGCAUUCAAGGACAGCCCGGAUUACAAGGGAAAGCGGCUCGAUUAUAUCUUCGUCGGGGGUGAGGUCGGAUGGUCCGUCCGCGACGUCAACAUCGCAAUGACACAGCGCCAUCCUACACUCAAAUGCUCGCUAAGCGACCAUUUCGCCGUGCAAACCGUCAUCACCCGCGACGUCUCGUCAAUGGCAGCCAAGCAAGAAAGUGGUGGCGGCAAGUCGAAUCGCCUAACCCUCCCUGCAGAAACAUACACCCACAUCCUCGACAUGAUCCACGCCUAUGUUCGCCGCGAACGCACGCAGCGUCGGUGGCGCCUCAUUCACUUUGUUGCCUCGGUGCUGGUCACUAUUGGCUGCCUGGUAGGCGUGUGGUGGAACGGUGAUCGUCCGUAUAUCCCCUUCAUUUUGACACUUAUCAGCACGCUUAGUUUCGGCGCUGGGAUUUUGGAUGGCUUAAUCGGGGGUCUGUUUGUCUCCAGUGAGCUGAGGGCACUAAAGGAGUUCGAAUGGGAGAUAAGGAAUACGAAGAGGAUAGCUGAGGGGCUUCAGCGGUAG